UUGAAAGAUAUAUUCACAGUGUUAAAAUGCUCUUGAUAAAUACACUGAAUCAUAUGAAACAUGAGUUCAUACAUUUAAAGAUAGGUGUAAUAUGACUUCAGUACAUGUACUUCAGUAGUACAGCAGACCUUUAAAACUAGAUAUUUUAUUACUUAAGUCAUACAGCAGGCACAGUACCAUUCUCUUACUUAUCACACCUUUUUGAUUUCAAACUAUCAACAUGACAGGAACUGGCAUAAGGCUAUAAUCUCCCAUGAAGAUAGAAAUGGCUUGGAGACAAACAUUUAUGGUGCUCAUAUGGACUUUCAUUGGGCUGAAGAAUAUUGGAGGUUACAAGAUUUUGAUGUAUCCCUAUGGCAUAGGGGUCACUUCCCGCGUCACAAACAUGGAGAAAAUGUGCAAUAUCUUGGCAGAAAAUGGUCAUGAUGUUUCCAUGGUGAUAAGUAAUCGAUAUGAUGAAUCUAAAAGGUCAAUAGACAAAAGAGUAACUGUGCAUAAGUUUCAGAUUCCUGCUGAAACACGGCUGAAUUCUGAUGUUGAUGUUUUGAGGAUAUUCAUGGAUGGUACGCCUUCAGAAGCUGGAGAAAUAUUCUUCAAACUCCAGUUUUCAUUUUGCGACAGUUUACUCAAAAGUGGACUCAUGGAGCGUUUGAAAACCAUGGACUUCAAUUUGUUUAUCGCAGACCAAGCUGAUAUGUGUAGUGUAUUGUUGUUAGACUAUUUAGACAUACCAGUAAUAUAUUAUGAGAAUGGAGAUGUAUACAAUGACAGUCCCUUGGGUGGAGGUCUGGGGCAUCCUACACCAUGGAGCUUCAUACCGAAUUUGAUGAGUGCAGACCUUAGCGAUAAUAUGAGAUUUGCAGAGAGAGUGCAGAAUGUAUUUCUCCACUUACUUAUGCAAAUGUUCAGGCUAAAGGCGUUAUCAACAGCUCAGGAAUUACGCGACAGUUAUGGCUACAACAAAACAGUGGACAUCAGGAACAGUGCCAGAGACAGAGUUGCUCUUAUCUUUAGUAACAGCCACAUAUCCAUAGACUAUCCACGGCCCCGUAUGCCUAACCAUAUAUACAUAGGAGGACUCUCUAUCCUGCCACCACAACCUCUACCAAACCAUAUAGCUACCAUCAUGGAGCAAGCAAGUGAAGUCAUAGUUGUUUCAUUUGGAUCCAGCUUCAAUGAGUUAGUCAUCGAGAAAAAGAAAAAUGUACUGUUAGAUGUAUUUGCUACUUUACCUCAAACCAUUGUCUGGAGAUUUGAUGGCAAGAUUCCGGGAAACAUCCCUAAGAAUGUGCAUGUUUUUCCAUGGCUUCCCCAAAGUGACCUACUGGGACACCCCAAAACACGUGUGUUUGUUACACACUGUGGUCAGAGCUCAACCCUAGAGGCCAUCUACCAUGGUGUACCUGUGGUGGCCAUACCCUUAGCUGCAGACCAACCUUACCAUGCCACUCAGCUCACCACCAGGGCAAACAUGGGGGUCAGAAUAGAUAAAAACUUCACUGCUGAUGACCUAGGAAAUGCCAUCAGGAAGGUAAUAGGGAACGAAACAUAUGCUAAAAAUGCAAGAAAAAUGAGUAAUCAAUUUAGAGAUAAUCCAAUAUCACCCAAAGAGACAUUUCAAUACUGGGUGAAUUAUGUGAUUCGUCACAAAGGAGCACCUCAUUUGAAAUCACAGGGGUUAAAUCAGUUGAAUAUAGCCCAAUAUUUUCUGCUGGAUAUUAUGGCUGCUCUUCUGCUGUUGAUUGUGUCAUUAAUAUUUAUGGUGUAUUUCAUGUGCAGAUGCACCCUCAGAAAAUGUAAAUCAAAAUGCCAACAUGCAAAGAAAGAUUGACAUGAAUCAUUUGAAAAGAAUCAAUUGAAUAUAAUGUGCCAUGGAAAGUUCAGCCAGACUGCCAGAGUGCUUACAAAAUAUCUGUAUAGUUGGUGGUAAAAUGGAUUCAAUAGAGUGAAGAAUCAUUCAACUGUGACUCUAUGCUUUGGUGCUACAAUCUGUGUCUCCAAUGAGUGACAAUAGCUCCAUGGAGUGUUUGACUCCAUUCAUUCUUACAAAGCAUACACACUUUUUGCACAUGAUAUUCAAAGAACCACCACUUGGCUACAUGGAGUAUUAUGCUGCACAGUGAAAUCUCCAGGCAUUAUACUGCAGUGUAAUUAAAUCUGGGAUAUCGUACAGCAAUGUAAUGGAAUCUUCAGUAUUAAAAUCCCCAUCUGAAUCAAAUGGUUAAAAUUUUCCUUUUUCGGAAUAGAUUCUUGUUAAAAGCAUCAUCUACUCAUGUACAUGUACAUUUUCAUUGAGUGAUUCUGAGAGAUAAACAAAGACAUAAAGUAGUACAAUGGUCUCACCUUGAUGGUGGCCUUCCUGCCAAAGCUGCUGUUCAGGGUUUUUGUUUUCUUUUUCCUCACUUUCACCUUGUUGGGGUCCUCUGGUGACUCCACUUUGAUCCAUCUCCACUGCAACAAUUGAACAA